AUGUCCCUGGAAAUGAAGACCACCGAGCUGGAAGGGUCGCAAUCGCCGGAGAACGGGUUUUCCACAGAGGCAUCCCAGGAGCUGGUGUACAACCUGGUUCAGCAAAACCAACAAGACGUGAGCGAGGUUCCUACAGAUGUUGAUCAUAGGAUCCCGGUCCCAGCAUACACGUCAGAUACCUUCUUCACCACCCUCUACAAUCUCUUCAAAAAUCUGACGUCGUCAAGGUCACAGACAAAGGGAGAAGGUGAAGGCCCAGAGGUUUCGGGUCCUAUUUCCUACUACAUCUACCACUCGAUUCUUGUGUUUUUGUACCUGCUCAUGUCGGUGUACCGCUUUUACGAAUACACUUAUAACAGACUGAAGCUCAGAUUCCUGAAUCUGGCCUACAACCCAUCCAGAACCCCCUCGUUGAUCAACAGCGACGUGAACAAACUGCCCAAGAUUCCAUACCGAUUGUCUGCCAUUUUAAACUACAAGUCCGAACAAGAGGAGAACGGCGGCGUUGAGGGGCUUUGUAACGACGCCGCCGAACUGACUGCUUGGUGUCUGUCGUCUGGAAUUCCAAAUUUCACGAUUUACGAGUAUCAUGGCAUCUUGAAAAACCACAUUCCAGAGCUGCGUCGAUCGAUCCAUCGCAAGCUCGUGGCAUACUUCGGCACCAGCAACGUCCCCACCUACCAAAUUAAAAUUCCACAUUUGAAUCUGAGUUACGCUGGAUCGUAUGAUGGAGAAUACGGUGACAGUGAGGACAAACCUGAUAUCGAGAUCAGUUUGUUGAGCGUGGUAGACGGAAGACCCACCAUUGUGGAGCUGACCAAAGUCAUGUCCCAGCUGUCCAAGAACCAUGAACUAAGUGACAAAGACAUCAACAUGAAAUUUAUUGACCAGGAACUCCAGCAACUGGUUGGCCCAGAGCCAGACCUGAUUGUCAUGUUCCAGCCGUACCUGAACCUACAGGGCUACCCCCCAUGGCACACACGGCUCAGCGAGAUGUACUGGGAGCCAGACAAUGAUGAGGUUUCCUACGCUGUGUUUUUAAGAGCAUUGCAGAAAUAUUCCACGUGCAAAGUCAAUAUCGGUCGCUAA